ACAAGUAUGCGUAUGCACCGCAUGUUUUAACCGAUUAAUAAUGUGAAGGAAAGCGGUGGUAGACAGGAUCAAAGAGACCGCCUGUUCUUUUGACAAUACUUUUCCGAGUAGAUGGCGCUUAAAUGAUGUCAUAUGCCAUCAUCAAUCGCACGUAAGGUGUUAACCUCACAAACUUUUCUAUCCGACCGAAUAAUUGACAGUCAAACAUGAUACACACAUCGUGACGAUAUCAUGCCGCAACGUAUCGUGGGAAGUGCCAAGAAGCGAUCGAGAGCAAAGCUAAUUCGCGAGUGUAAACUCUGAGAAAACGAGCAUUCUUAUCAAGCCGUAAUUACAUUCUCGCCCUGUCAACAUUUCUCUGACAACAAUAAAGAAUAUCGCGGUAGUUAAGUUGGAAAAUGUCCAGCGCGAAGAUCAUCGAAAAUCCAGAAAUACCGGGAUUAGAAUGUUUCCUGACACCGCCUCCUCCGCCUCCACCGCCUGUUGCAACGACGGAGAGCAACAGCGUGCCGGUUGCGAACGAGCAGCAACCAAUAUCUAUAGAUGCAACUACGACCAACGAAACCGCGGUAAAUGCAACGACGACAGUUCAAACACCGUUCCCGGUGCCAACACCGUACGUGAUGCACCCGAUACCAUCGCAAACCCCUGGACAACCGACGCCCUGGUGGAUACCGACGGACGCGGACACGACGGAUCUUUACGCGCGAUGGUACGACACGACCUACAAACCAGUUGCUACGGUUGCGUCGUCAACGGCACAGAACAAAGCCAAGAACAAGUAUUACAAGCGAAAAAACGAGUUCAUCGAUCCCGCGCAAGAUGCAGAGAAAGUUGCGAGCGCCCAGAGGGAACUGUCGACACUAAUGAAACCGCUGAAAUGCGAUCUGUGCAAUGCAGUCAUGAACUCUACGUUACAAGCGAAAUUGCAUUACGACGGAAAACCGCAUCAGAAAAAAGUUUCUAUGUUUCUGAACCAGAGCGUAAAGAGACAAAAGACCGAGGAUGGCCAAGUGACCAGUACGACCACUGACUGGCAGAACUAUUGCGAUAUCUGUAAGACAUGGUUCACGUCGCAGACGGACGCGACGCAACACUACGCUGGUAAAAAACAUAUUAGAGCGGCGAACGGCGGACGUCGUGCGAGGCCAUCGAAGAAGUCGCAAAAUCAAAAUCAAUAUCAAUUAGAUCCGAGCGGUCGAUUCGGGAUAGGGUUGGCUUUUCAGCCAGAAGUGCAAUCACCACCGGCGCAACAGCCGACAGUACCUGAAGGUGCCAGCCCGGCAGCGGCACCAGCCCCGGGGAAACCUCCAGGGUCCAUCUACACCCCUCCGCCGUACCCAACGCCGUUGCGUUGCGACCUGUGCGGAGUCUCGGCUAAUCGCCAGGACCAAUUAGAAACGCAUAAGCGAGGUGCCAGGCAUCUGAGAAUGCUCAGAUUAAACGGGUUGCCCGUGCCCGAGCUUGCUAACGAAAGCGAGGCGACACCUGCCACUCCUGGACCCAUAGAUUACUCUAUUUACCGAACACCAUCAGGCCAGUAUUAUUGUGCACCGUGCAAUCUAUCUUUAAACUCCGAGAGUACGUUUGCUCAGCACGUGGAGAGCAAGAAACACAAGAAUCAGUCGAACCCGAAGUCGCCGUCGAACGCCGUGGUGGUAUCGAAGAAAGCGAGAUUUAAGAAGAAAUAAGGCCACGGGGACUUUGUAUACGUGCACAGGAGUGUACGUUUGUGCACACUAUCUCUUUGUUUGUCCAUUGUUUUCAUAAAAAUGAACAUUUCCCUAUCGUUUCUUUUUCCGCGGAGGUAUUGUUGUAUUGAGAUUACGCACAGGGAUCUGUGCCUAAAAGAAAAGGAGGAAAUAAAAAACUGUUGUUCGAUACUGUGCCUAA